CACUCUUCCUUUGGCUCUAAGCUUUGGUCUACCCCCCAACUUACAGCUUGAUCAAAACCCUGGUCACCCCUGCUUUUAAUGUUCCAUUUCCAGGCAUUGGUGGGGCGUCUUGAAGGCAUUCAUGGCGAGCCAGGGCGAUUUGUCAGUCGAUAACAUAUCGUUGGAGAUUAGGAGAAAGAAGCUUAGUGGACAGCAAAAGAGAGAGGCACUUGAAAGAGAGGUCUCCAUGCUUCAAAAAAUGCUAAAUCAAGAAGAAAAGAUGCAUGAGAUUCUGACACGAGUACAUCAACAGGAGGAUUGUUCUUCCAUCUCUAUCCCAAAUUUUCUUCCUCCAAAGAUGAAGGAGCUCUUAGCAGAGCUGGCUAUGGUUGAAGGUGAGAUAACUCGUUUAGAAAGCCAAAUAAGCCAACUUCAACUUGGUCUGAAGCAGGAACAGGAAGUCACCAAGGAAACAAAAUCGAAACAAUGGCAACCUGGGAGUCUAAUGAGUCACAUUCAGGGCCAUCCAUCCAGUACAUCUAACCAAAACCCCAUAAAGCAAGGUGGCCAAGAAAAGAUGGCUUUCGAGACCAAGGCUUUGCAUUUUAUAAGCAAAGCUAUUAAAGGGGAUUAUACUCUAAGUGACUUCAGUGUAAAUGAGAGAAUGGGAAACUCAAGAGUGCUUUCUGAUCAGAAAGAAAAUCAGUACCAAGGGGAGGUUAAAUUUCAAGAGAGGAUUCCAAGGAAAAGUGGUUUGUUGAAGGCACCUUCACCUUUGCGAGACCCUCGAUAUUCAUCACCAAAGCCAAGGGAACGUGUAUCAGAGUCCAGUUGGGACCUCCCACCAAAAUCUCUAUCUAGUACACUUCUUGCAGACGAGAACAGUCAGAAUUGGCAUCCCAACAAACUAUCUGAGAAUACCAUGAAGUGUUUAAACUUUAUAUUUAUCAGGCUACUUAGAACAUCAAGAGCAAUGGAACUGGAGAAGUCAGGACCCCUUACCAGGUCUAUGAACACUCCCUUAAGCUCAAGAAGCUUUAGGGUGGAAAACACCCUGAAUCCGAAGUCAAGUCUUGCUUUACAGAAGGAAUCAAGGCAACAAGAUCCCUACGGUAUCUUUGAUACGGAAGAGUCUAUUCCAAGAGACGUUGGCCCUUACAAGAACCUGGUCGUAUUCACAUCAAGUUCAAUAGACCCAAAAUGCAUUUCGAGUUCAAGUUCUAUUCCUUUACUUAAAAAGCUAAGGGUCUUGAUGAGCAAUCUCCAGAAGGUGGAUCUGAGAGCGUUGACUUACCAUCAGAAAUUAGCAUUCUGGAUCAACAUGUACAAUGCCUGUAUCAUGCAUGGUUAUCUACAAUAUGGUGUGCCUAAUACUCCUGAAAAAUUUCUGACGCUGAUGAACAAGGCAACUCUCAACGUUGGGGGCAACACAAUAAGUGCUCAAGCAAUGGAACACUAUAUUCUGAGGAAACCAGCACCUUCCAACAUCAAAGAGGCUUAUCAAAAGGGCGACAAGGAAGACCAAGAAGCCAUUGUCCGCAAACUUUAUGGACUCGAGUUAACGGAUCCGAAUGUCACAUUUGCUCUGUGCUGUGGAACUCGAUCUUCUCCAGCAGUAAGAAUAUACACCGCUGAUGGAGUUGCAGCUGAACUGGAGAAAUCAAAACUAGAGUACCUGCAAGCUUCGGUUGUGGUGACCAACACAAAAAAGAUCGCAUUCCCUGAGCUUCUGCUCAGAAACAUGUUUGAUUUCGCAGUGGACAUAAACUCACUGGUCCAGUGGGUAUGCCAGCAGCUACCUACAUCUGGGUCAUUAAGGAAAUCAAUGGUGGACUGCUUCAGGAGCCACAACAGUGGCAAGAUAUCCAUCAGCGUCGAGAAAAUACCAUACGACUUUGAAUUCCAGUAUCUGUUAGCAAUGUAAACAAAUAGUUUUUCGUUUUCCAAUUUUCCUUUUGUUUGGCAUGAAAGAAAGGAGAAAAUUUGUCAUUCUGGAUUUCUGAUCAGAAUUGUUUGAGCAAAUAAUUGCCAGUUAAGACUCUGGCGUUAUCGGCGAUGUUAUCAGAUGAAGCUAUCAAACCCACUCGUGUACUAAGACUUUGAAAAUAUUUUCAUGGUCUUUGG